AAGUGUUCAUUGCUACACACACGUGAACACAACCACUACUAUUCUCUCUCUUAUCGUAACAGUGACCCUAAAUUGCACCAAUUAUUUAAUCUCUGCGUAAUAUAAAACGUCAGUCAGCGGUUUAUUGCCUGAACAUGAAGACCAUCCGAAAAUCAUUUUUUAUAGUUUGCUUAUUUUUAAAUUUGUUUUUAUUUUCUUGUGAAUACGAUCAAGAAAAGUUUGACGUCGGUUCCACGACUCAGCGGCCACCCGAUUUUCUCAGAAUCGAAAAAGCUUUAACUAAACAGAUUAACAGAUUUCAAAAAAAUGUUAAAACUAGCCUAGAAGCUCUAGAAUCAGUUAAUAUGAUGCAGUUAAAAAGGCUAAAGCACCAUCUAGAAACAUUAGAUUCGGCGAAUGACAUAAGUCUUGAGCAACUCAUUCACAAUGUAAAAAAUUUCGAGCUCACAAUAGAUUUACAGUUAGAACAGUUAACACAUAGUAUACGAACUUUCGAAUCUACAAAUCCCCCACAAAUAGAACAGAUAACGCACCGCAUAGAGGCUGCCGAAUCCGCGAAUACCUCAAACAUGGAACUAAUGUUGACAGAUGAUCUACAAGUCUUCCAAUCCGCAAACGAUUUAAAGUUCAAACAGUUAACAGAUUGUAUGAACUACCUUGAAUCAAAAAUUGACAUAUCCAUUGAUCGUACGAAAGAAAUAGCGACGAAUCUUGCACGCAACUGUGGAGAAGUCAAAGAAAACGGUUACGAUCUUUCUACCGUCUACCUGAUUAAACCAGACUUUGCUCCUAAACCCAUAAUGGUUCUGUGUGACUUGGAAAAAAAAGGGGGUGGAUGGACAUACAUUUUAAGUAGGUUUGAUGGAUCACAAAGUUUUGACUUUGAUAUGGAAGAAUAUAAAAAUGGAUUUGGUAAAAUUUGGAGUGAGUUUUGGCUGGGUUUGGAUAACAUUCAUUAUUUAACUGGUUAUAAAGUCAACGAAUUACUGGUAGAACUCGUAGACUGGAACGACACAUCAGUGUUUGCCCAUUAUGAUCGAUUCAGAGUAGGCAGUGGAGACGAAGAUUAUAAAAUGAUUAUAAUAGGGUAUAGCGGUACCGCUGGAGAUUCUUUCUCUUCCAAAAGCAACAACACGAAAUUUAGUACACAAAAGAACGACUUGGAUAAUUGGUUGUUAGGAAGCUGUGCCGUAAGAUUCGGUGCAAGUUGGUGGUACAACGAUUGUACGAGUUGUCUUCUCACGGGAACAUAUUUGAAAAGCGGCUUGGACAUCUCGGAAGAAAGUAAAAUUAUGCACUGGUCCACGUUCCGGGGGGACCAAUAUAAUCUCAAGGAAGCUAGAAUGAUGGUUAGACCUAGAAUUUAACCAUAUGACUACAUAUGAUAGAAGCAGCACAUUUUUCUAUACACUGUAGGGGUGGCUCGAAAUUAAAGUUUGUAGGGUUAUCGAAGUGUUUGAAAGCGCCCAGAGUGCUCUAGCAGAACACCAAUUGAUUUGUUUUCCGACAAAGACAGAAUUUCCUAACCUAAAGCUUUUUUAUUAAAUCGGAUACAAAUUUUCUAAUUCUAGUCGUCCUCAACCCUCUCUGCGUGUACAAAAUACAGCUUUUUGACAUUUCAAUUUCUAAGAUGUUUUUAAAAUUCACAGAGGGAGCAUGAUAGGAUCGUGAC